AUGGCUGAGUCCAAAAAGCAAAAGAGGUUGGUAGCUAGCCACCUUUUGCAAGGCAAGACUGUCCAUUAUGACACGUUUACCGCUGGCAGGGCUUCAAACAGAUGGCCUACUCAUCUUGUAAACCAAGCCGGUAUCGGUCCCGAAAUCAACCAAGCGAAGCCAAGGUCAAAUGAUGAUCACGUUGCGGGCCCAAGCACUACGGCUAGAGCCUCCAUCCAACGACCAACUAUCCGACGUAAUGGAUCCUUCUGUUCCACCUGUUCAGAAUGCGGAGAUAGUUCAGAAGAAGAGGGAUUUCCUCCACAAAAGCUUGCGAAACCAGGUUUAUUUCCACAAAACAGCUGGAGCUCUGUCCUGGUCGAAGACGGGACAGACGAAGAACUUGCGAAUUCGAACGGCCUCGAGUUCGGGGAUACUUCUAUUAAUGAUGAUAUGAUGAGCGACUGUGACUGUUGUCAAUGCGCUGGAUGUCAUCACGGUGUUUUCCCCAACCCUCCUACUCAGCGACGACUCAUCCCUUUGGAUGAUGACCAAGAGGAAGUUAGGGCACAAAUCGAUCGCAUCGACGAUGAAGAGCGUCAUGGUGAUAUGAUGAAUGCUUUCCUGAUCUAUCUUGCCAUUUCAAUCUUUGUUGUCAUGUUGAGGGCCAUUCCCGAGUUGUUUUCGACGUUUUUCGGAUGGGAUGCUUGGACUGGUGGCGAUGAUCUUGGAGUUGAAGAUGGAAUUAUUGAGUAG